AUGGCCCCCGAAUUCGAAAUGCCCGCCUGGAAAUCCAGACUAUUAGAAGGCAUUGGGUCAUUCCCCCAUGUCUACACUAUCAUCUCGCGCGCCGAUAAUACCCACGACCUGUCCCCUGCCUUUGAGGCUGACAAGGAUGCAUACUACGCCAAGCAGAUACAGGAUUACUGCGAGCAUAUCCAGUCAUCCCUUUACGCCGAAGCAGGCCUUCUCCGCAAGGAAGUCCAAACCCUCCAAGACCAGAAUCACGACCUAAGGAAGGAGGUUGCCACACUCGAUAGGGUAAUUGAUCGAGUUGGCUCUCCUAAGCACACCAAUGACCAGCUUCCCCGCCGCCAGACCCAGGACCACACUACGUUCACCGCCGCUGAGAAAGAUAUCGAGAAGCGGCAGGAGGAGUACGUCGGAUGGCGCUCCAAAGCGAUGCGCAAUUUAGCCGUAGAUAAGGCUGUCUAUAACACCGAGUUCCGUCGUUUGCAAUAUAUCGGCAGCAUGCUUGAUGGCAGCGCUUACGCGCUUGUUCGCCAGAGCCUAGACACGAUUACCAUGAACCCCGAUGAUGCGAGGCUAUGGGAAUGGAAGACCGCCGACGACCUCAUCGAGUUCCUUAACAGCCAGUACGAAACCAUCGACCUCGAUCGCACUGCCAGUCGCAACUUUGACAACUAUUUCAUGACGAACGAACCUUUUGAGAAUUUUAUCGCCGAGUUCAAUAAGCUCGCAGCUCUCGCUGGCAAAACUAAUAAGCAGAAGGUUGAAGCCCUCCAACUCAAGGUAUCCGAUGAGGUCAUUACUGAAGUCAUGCACCGCAGCGGCAAGCCCGGGAAUGAUGACUGGCCUGGAUGGAGAAGGCUGUGCCAGGACGUCUACAAUGACCUUGAGCAGAGCAAGCACAUCAGGAAGAUGCGUAGCCAACGUGAGCCUUGCCCUGGCACCGCCUUCGAGAACCCUCGCCCGAACAACCCGCCAACCCUAGUCGCGCCCAUCGCUGAUGCUGGCGAGCCCAUGCAACUCUGUGCGUCCUCAGCCUCCGAAGCUCGCCGACGCGAGCGCCAAGAACGCGGCCUCUGUUACUACUGUGGCGGAACUCACAGGAUCCGCGACUGCCAGGAGAAAAUGAAUAACGAUGCGAAGUAUAGCGUCCAGAAUCACACGGCACAAGGUGAUCCCGCUCGUGGUCUCGGCCACGGCCGUGGCAGCCACUACUACCCUCGUCCCUCAUCCCAUGUCCCGAGUGCAACAUACCAACACCAGCCCCAGUACCAACAACUCCAAGGCUUCCCACCGGCCCAGCAAUACUACGCACAACCCCCGUACUUUAGUUCUACCUUCAACCGCCUUCACUCCAGGGACCAAGGCUUUAUCGAGUCUGACACCAGCAGCUCAGCCGUCACUAGACCAACCCCAGAUACGGAUAGAAUCCAGGGAAACGCCAAACUGUUCCCAGCGCACCGAAACCCCGUACGGGUGAACAGCUUAAUCGACAGUGGCUGUUCCGCACGGGCAUUCGCCGACCGCGGCUUUCUUCGCGCCAACAAGAUCCAAACUGAGAAGCUACCGAAGUCGCGCACCCUGAUCCUCGCCGAUGGAAAAGUCGCUGACAAUAUCACCCACUACGUCAUCCUGCCCGUGAGUAUGGGAAACCACACCGAACCUUGCGUCUUGUUUGUUACCACGCUACUCCCAGAAACUCCGCUUAUCUUUGGACUCCCCUGGCUCCAACGUCACAACCCUACAAUCGACUGGGCGAGAAUGACCCUGCUUUUCCAGUCACAGUAUUGCCUCACUCGCUGCUGUCCUAUGCCAUGUCUCGCACCGACAGUUCGUAGCCCCACAGACCCGCCGCAAGACGAUAUGCCAGCUAUGAAGUCUCAGCCGUCCCCCCAGCAGGAUCGGGCCUACAUCGAGGAUCCUGGAGAUGAAGGAUACGGGAGUGGUGAUUCUUUACAAACCACUUCUUCCUACCGACCGCCCUAUGUCGAAGACGGCGACGAUGAGGAGCUUCCCCCAGGGAGAAGAGUGAAACAGGAUAUCCCUCGGACUGCCACUCCUGGCCAAGAACACACCGCACUUUUCGACCGAGCCGCCCCCGUCCUCCGCUGGAGCCUGAGGCCCAGGCCUGGGCGAUCCCCAACCAGCCACAGCUAA